UGCUGCGUCUCGCGACCAGUCAGUUAGCGGUGGCGCGGCUGCGGAGCGCGCAGCACCGCCGUGCCCCGCGCUCGCCGGCAGAAGGGAUAAACUGGUGGGGCGGAACAAAACAAAAAUCAACCAACAAAAACUAUUUCUAUUUGUACUGUUCAUCCAAAAUAAAAUAAAACAAAAUGACCAAGAACGCGGAAGGCUCGCGGGAGGACCUGUCUAAGAUCGCGGACGAAGAGCUGAUGAAGUGGAGUAAGGAGGAGCUGGUGAGGAGACUUCGGAGAUCUGAUGCCGAGAAGAUGACGGUCAUGAUCGAUCACAGCAACCUGAUCAAAGAAGUGAACCGGCGGUUGCAGGUGCACCUGACCGAGAUCCGGGGGCUGAAAGACAUCAACCAGAAGCUGCAGGAGGACAACCAGGAGCUCAGGGACCUCUGCUGCUUCCUGGACGACGACCGGCAGAAAGGCAAGAAGGUGUCGCGGGAGUGGCAGCGGCUGGGCAGGUACACUGCGGGAGUGAUGCGCAAAGAAGUUGCCUUGUACUUGCAGAAAAUGAAGGAGCUGGAGGCCAAGCAGGAUGAGGUGGUGAGGGAGAACCUGGAGCUGAAGGAGAUGUGCCUGCUGCUGGACGAGGAGAGGGGUGUGGGCAGCCGCUGCUCCAUAGACAGUCAGUCCAGUCUGUUGCACCUGAGCGCCACAAGUGGUUCAAGGGACGUGGGCGACGGGAGCAGCACCUCCAGCACGGGCAGUACCGACAGCCCCGAGCACCACGGCCAGCUGGCAGGAGGCAGCCCCGAGCAUCUCCAGAAACACCGGGCGCCCGGCGGGGGCAGCCCCGAGCACCUGCAAAAGCACCGAGGAGGCGGCAGCCCCGAGCACCAGAAGCACAGCCUGAGCACCGGCAGCCCCGAGCUCCUGCCCAAGCACAUGAGCGGCAGCGCCGAGCACCUCCCCAAGCACAUGAUCAGCCCGAGCCCCGAGCACCCAAAGCACAUGAUGAUUGGCACCUCGACUCCGGAGCAUCUGCAGCAGCACCGGGGUGGUAGCCCUGAGCGCCUCAAACAGCACUACGGAGGCAAUUCUGAGCACUUUAAACACCUGGGCAGCAGCAGCAGGGAAGGAACUCUGCGGAGACCAUCGGCAGCAGCAGCAGCAGCAGACGAGCUUUCGCCUCAUCACAGAAGUGUAUACAAUGGGAUGAAUGAGCCAGCGCUUACCUAUGUCAAACAGCUGGAGACUAGAGUGAAGCAGCUUGAGGAAGAAAACCGAAUGUUACCCCAGGUGCAGAGUGAACAAGAAACGAAAGCAGAGCACUCAUUACCCAAGGUGAAGUAG